GGGAGGAGGCAUUAAACUUUCAGCGUCCACCCCAAACGAGUCAUCCAGACAUUAGCACGACAGUUUCUCUCCAUAUUAUCGCGUCAUAUUCUUUCACUUUUUAAGUGGUCGUCGUCACGGGAGUAUAUAAAUGAACUGAUUAUACAUAUGCAGCACAAUUACAAGGGCCUCUAUUAGUAAUACACGCAAGAGCAAGUAUUAUUACAGGAGUACUUACUGACGUUUUAUAACAUGAGCGUUAUGUGCCUCGUGUGGAGAUACAGAUUUGUCGUGUCCAUCAUUUUGGUCGUCGUGCUCUGUGAAGUGUUUGCAUCAGACGGACAACCAAUUGGAAAAGUUUAUCCACGCGGGAAUCACUGGGCUGUUGGCCACUUAAUGGGCAAGAAAAGCACCGAUGAGCAGAACAUAUCAGAAGAUUUAAACGACGAUGCUGUGACCUCUGUGAGCCCUGAUCAGGAUCUGCAGCUGGAGAGAUACAGCAAACAUCUGCCGCUCCGGCUGUAUGCGCUCAUGAGUGAACGAAUGACACAGGAGAACCCGCAGGAUAACACAGAGGUCAACGCUUUAAAACUGAUGCAGCGCAUGAUAGAAAAGGGACGCCAGUGGGAGAAAGAGAGAGACGACAGAGCUGAGAAAGUGGCUGAGGACUUGUUACGGGCUUUAAGAAUGCAGUACGAGGACGAAAGCUGAGGAAACUGGCAAAAAGACUGUGAUUUGAAGCUGAACAACUGGCUCCAUCAAAUACAAACCUCUUUAGUUAACAACAUAUCAAUAAGCAUGUUAUAUUUUUCUAUGUCGAUAUAUGAAAUACACAUAACCCGGGUGUCUUCAUUCUGUACAUUUUAUGCUGUUGUUUUAUAAACUCAUCUUACUGACAGCCAUUUUAGUCAUGGUACAACUGUAUGAUAAAUUUAAUAAACUUGAACUUGUUGGGCUUU